AUGUACCCGGCGCCGCCGCCCACCGUCCACUCCUACGCCACCAUCUCCGUCAAGUCUCACGUCCCCGUGACGCUGACAAUGAAAUCCAACGCCUACUCUAGGUGGGCAUCCUUCUUCAAGUCCAUGCGCGGCAAGUUCAACCUCAAGUCGCACAUCGACAGCACGGUGGCACCCCGUCCCCAGGACCCCAACUGGGAUCAAGCGGAUUGCUGUGUCUGCUCCUGGUUCUUCGGCUCCAUCGACGACUUCGUCCUCGACCUCAUCAUGACCGAUGACGAUCAGAUCACCCGGGAUCUUUGGCUCGCCAUCGAGGGCCUCUGUCGCGCCAACAAGCAGUCCCAGGCGAUCUUCCUCAGCCACGACUUCCACUCCAUGAUACAGGGCGACUCCUCCAUCGCCGAGUACUGCAACCGCAUGAACACCCUCGCCGACGCCCUCUGCGACGUCGGCCCGUUCAGGACUCCAAGCGUGUCCUGA